AUGGGUGCUGCUUCUUCCAAGGUAAUUGACAAUUUGUUGGAGGAUACCAACUUCGAAAGGGAUGAGAUUGAAAGGUUGAGAAAAAGGUUUAUGAAACUAGAUAGGGAUAAUUCAGGAUCAAUCGAUAAAAAUGAAUUUAUGACAAUACCAGGAGUAUCCUCAAACCCUCUCGCUGGGCGUAUAAUGGAAGUAUUCGAUGCAGAUAAUAGUGGCGGUGUUGAUUUUCAAGAGUUUAUCACAGGUCUUUCUAUUUUCAGUGGUAGAGGCAGCAAGGAGGAGAAAUUAAAAUUUGCAUUCAAAAUAUACGAUAUUGAUAAGGAUGGAUUGAUAUCUAAUGGGGAAUUAUAUGCUGUACUUAAAAUCAUGGUGGGCAGCAAUCUUGAUGAUGAACAACUGCAGCAAAUUGUUGAUAGAACAAUUGUAGAGAAUGAUCUUGACGGUGACGGGCAUUUGAGUUUUGAAGAAUUCAUGAGCGCGAUUGAAACAACAGAAGUUGCCAAGAGUUUAACUUUACAGUAUGAUGUAUAG